AUGUGGUAUGCGAAAAAGUAUGAUCCACUUCAAGCUGGAAGUAUUGAUGGAACUGAUUCUGUACCGCACGAUCAUGGAAUUAUAAGAGCUCAGUUAUCAAAUUAUCUUCCACCCAGAGAUAAUAAUGAUAUUACUAGUGAUCCAUAUAAAACUUUGUUUGUUGGAAGAUUAAAUCCAAUUACUACAGAAGUUAAACUAGUGUGCAACCUAGUGACAGGAGAUCCACGUGGAUAUGCUUUUAUUGAAUUUGAUCAUGAAAAAGCUUGUGAGGAUGCCUACAAAGUAAUAACGACUUUAAUAUCAACAUCAUCAUCAUCUUUAUGA